UACCAGUUCACCGUGGUGUUUCUAUUAUACCAGUUCACCGUGGUGUUUCUAUUAUACCAGUUCACCGUGGUGUUUCUAUUAUACCAGUUCACCGUGGUGUUUCUAUUAUACCAGUUCACCGUGGUGUUUCUAUUAUACCAGUUCACCGUGGUGUUUCUAUUAUACCAGUUCACCGUGGUGUUUCUAUUAUACCAGUUCACCGUGGUGUUUCUAUUAUACCAGUUCACCGUGGUGUUUCUAUUAUACCAGUUCACCGUGUGGUUAUCAAUAGUU